AUGGUUGAAGAGUUCUGUUUGAUUCAUCAAGCCCGAAUUGAAUACCCAUACGCCUCGAUCGAUACUGAAUUUCCUGGAACCAUCGUUCGUCCAAACAUCAACCAAAACCUACCCUAUCAAAAUCGAUCCAUCCAAAACUACCAUUUUAUGAAGUUAAAUGUGGAUCAAUUGAAGCUGAUCCAGUUGGGGCUCACCCUUUCAGAUGCGCAAGGGAAGCUUCCCGAUUUUGGUACAAAUUCAACCUACAUCUGGCAAUUCAAUUUCUGCGAUUUUGACAUUGAUUCUGAUAAUCACAAUAGGGACUCGAUCGACUUGCUUCAACGCCAAGGUAUCAAUUUCGUGAAGAAUAAGCAACAGGGUAUUCAUGGAAGGGACUUUGCUGUGAUGUUGGGUUGGUCUGGAUUGAUUUUCAGGAGGUGUCCUUUGACUUGGGUUACAUUUCACAGCGCCUAUGAUUUUGGGUUUCUGAUCAAGUUGCUGAUUGGCAGAGAAUUGCCUAAUGAUUUGAGCGACUUCAUGCGGUUAGUGGGAUUUUAUUUUGGGAUGAGAGUUUAUGACAUCAAACAUAUGAUAAGAUAUUGUGAUGGCCUGUUUGGUGGUUUGGAAAGAGUAGCCAAGGCUUUGAAUGUCAAUCGUGUGGCCGGGAAGAGCCACCAGGCUGGUUCGGAUAGCUUACUCACCAUGCAGACGUUCCACAAGCUGAGAAAUGUUUAUUUCAAUCCGAAGGUGGACACAAAGUUGAACAAGUUUGAUUCGGUAUUGUUUGGGUUGGAAGUAAAUUGA